AUGCAACGAGGGGGUGGGGCGCGUGGAGGGCUGCUGGGCACGGAGAGGACGGUAAUGCCGACGGGAGGACCGGAAAGGACGGAGACGACGGUGCCUGGCGUGGCAGGCGGGGAAGGAACAGAGAGCAGCGCAGAGUGCGACGAGCGGGGUGCGACGGCGUGCGACGAGGGGUGUGCGACGGAGUGCGACGAGGUUGGUGCGACGGAGUGCGCGGUGUGCCUGAGCGACUUCGCGGACGGCGAGCAGCUCCGGUGCCUGCUGCCAUGCGCGCAUCGCUUCCACGUGGCGUGUAUCGAUUGCUGGCUGCUCUCGCACACCACCUGCCCCGUGUGCCGCACGGCGCUAGAGCCGCGCAAAGAUGACGUGGCACUGGAAACUGGCUGA